UGGUCCGUGACAGGGGCACCACGUGCCUGACUAGUGAGUGCGGCUGGGCCGGUCUCUUUGUCAUCAUCAUCAUCCUCCAGCAGCAGCAGCAGCAACAACAACCAUGGUCUAUCCACCGCUAUGCUUCGCCGUUAGCAGACUCUAAAGUCAUAGUGGCGACGUCGGCGAGAGGCCCUACUCAAUGCUGGAACAUCUCUGACCCUGGAUCCUGGCCCCACGAUGUCCACAGCCGCCCGCCUGGAGGAGCUGCUGGUGCUGGGUCACGACCUCCUGCGGAGAACGGAAGAACUGGGGAUCAAAUCAGAAUCUCACCUCCCAGACAGGUUUACAGGGUCCGUGCAGACCAAAUCAGGACCUCUGAGCAAGGAUGAAGUCGCUCCUCUGCUUGGGACUGAACCAGGACCCCAAAACAACGAGGAGGUCCAAAGACGUUUAGAGACCGAACCAGGAACGGGGCGCAACGAGAAAGUCCCAGGUCCGCCAGAGACUGAACCAGGACCUCAGCAGCAGCACGAAGUCCCAAAUCCACUUGUGACAGAACCAGGAACUCCGAGCAAGGACCAGGUGCCGAGUCCUCCGAUCCCCAAACUGGGCACUCGGGGCCGCCCCUCCGGCCUGGCCAUGCUACGCUCGAAGAUCGAGGCGGAGAUGCGCUUCCUGAUGCGCGUUCAGGGCGGCCAGUGCAGGGAAUCGCACGUGCGCAGCAGCAACCUCACCCAGCUGCGUGCGCUUCUGCAGGCCGCCGAGGCUCACGGCAGCGUCACGGCCGUGCUCAAGACGUUCCGCUACCGCGAUGAGCUUGAGCAGCCGCGGGUGCUGCUGGUGGACGUGGUGGCGGAGGGCGGGCGAGCGUGGGUGAAGGCCGUGGGCCGCAAGGCGGACUCCCUUCUGGCGGCGUGGGCCGGCCGGUGCCCGCACGGCGUGCGCUGCGUGAGCGAGCAGGCGCACCUCUUCCUGCGCGCCGCGCAGCACAACCCGCUCCACUUCCACGCGCCGCGCGUCGUCUUCUCGUUCUACGGCGGCGUGCCCAGCCCUGUCGCUUGCAGGCUGCAGGAAAUGGGGGUCACCGUCAGAGGGGACAUCCUCCCGGGCGUCACCGAUCCCCUGUCCGGGGCGAUCGGCGGCGGCGAGGAGGAGGAGGAGCGUGGAGGAGACUCGGAUUCCGACGAUGAGGGCGAAGGAGGAGAUUCGUGGGCGCCGUGGGGCGAUGCACGCGCGGGCGCGAGGCUUGCGACGGCGAGCCCCCCAAGUUCCCCGGUUUGGACGCAGCCCCCGGCGGGCGGAGUGGGGGGCGGCGGUGGCUGCUGUUGCUCGCGCGUGAACCUCGACGUGACGACGAUGCUCACGCUCGUCUCCGCGCUCAGCCACGGCGGGAGCCACUUCGCUUUCAAGGAGCAGGUGCUUGCCGAGCAGGCCGCGGAGGAGCGCACCGACCCCGUGCUGCCCGCCCUCGUCCACUUCCUGCACGACAAGCUCCUGGUCGCGUGCGACUCGGCCGCCCGCGACUUCUCCUCCAUCCUGGGCACGCUGGGGGGGCCCCGGGAGAGGGCCAGGGCUCGGGCCCUCAUGGGGCGCGUCGCCGUCGUGGCCGACGGGCCGUCGGCCCGGGCGCUGGGGCUCGCGGUGCGGGGCCGCGUGACCCCCCGCUCGGUGGCCGUGUUCGGGACGGGCGACGAGCUGCGGGCGGUGACGGCCACGGCCAACGCGGGGCUGGUGAGGGCCGCGGCGCAGCAGGGAGUGGCCUUCGCCGUGUUCCUGCACCGCCCGCGCGCCCUCACCGAGGGGAAGGAACGCGACGCGGCGAGGCUGCCCUCGGCGCGGCGAUGCGACGACGGGCGGGAGGAGCAGGAGGCCGAGGAGGAGCUGUGGAGAGAAUUCACGGCGGGAAAAGUAGGCCAACAACAGGACUGACAUUGCGGACGGAGGAGGCUCAUCGCUGCAAACGUUCACCCGGUCGGAAUUACGCACGGCGGCAAUCAUCGCCGCCUGUCGGUAGACUGAUGCCUCUGCUUGGAGGCCAGGCACUGGUGCAUGGGCCCUUUGUGUUAAAUUUUUAAUUAUUAUUUUUACACUUGGUUACCCAGAAUGUCUGAGUCUCAAGACUUUAUUCAAGAGGGUCCUGCCAAGUUUAUGCAGUACGGGAUGAUGUUGCUCCUCUGUGUGACCCCUAUUCAGUAAUUUUUCUCAAUUUGUAUGUUUUUGCCAAUACCGAUUUCUGUACAUUGCGUGGUUUAUUUUAGAAAAUAAGAUGUUUUAGAAAAUAAAUCACAUGGGGAGAGACCAUACAAACUCCAUACAGAAAAGGCACCCGCGUCGUGAAGUGUCCUGCAGCCAAACAACAACAAUAACAACUAUACAGUCAUUUUUGGCACAGCUUGGGUUAGCAUGAUAAAAAAAAACUGCAUGCGUGACGACGGAGCGGUCACAUGACCCUUCUGGCCCGUGACGGGCCGUUGAGUAACGUGUACUGCUAUACUGCAGUAUGCAGUCGUUUGUU